AUGGCCGAAGUUAAGAUCAAGCGCAUCGACGUCUUUCAGGCUGAUUUGCCUUACUCAGGCGGGGUUUACUACCUGUCCGGAGGGCGUGAGUACCCCAGUUUCGACGGCACCUUCGUACGUAUCACCACCGAGUGCGGCAUCGAGGGCUGGGGGGAGAGCACGCCCUUCGGAUCGACCUUCAUAGCUUCACACGCUCUGGGAGUUCGAGCCGGUAUUGCGGAAAUCGCCCCAAGCUUGAUUGGACUUGAUCCACGAAGAGUCGAUCGGAUUAAUGAAGCUAUGGAUGCGGCGCUCCUCGGUCACGAACACGCCAAAGCCGCCCUGGAUGUUGCAUGCUGGGACAUCUUCGGCAAAUGGGCAGGUCUUCCUGUAUGUGAACUUCUUGGAGGCCGCACAGACUACAAGAUACCCAUCAUCACCUCUCUCCCGGUUCGCGGACCGGAAGGCAUGCGGGCCCUCGUCCAGGAGUACCGGGAUAAGGGAUCGAUCGGAUUCUCGGUCAAGAUCGGCGGAGACCCUGUCGUUGAUGCCGCCCGCAUCGUCGAGGCUUUUAAGGACAAGAAGCCUGGCGAGUUUUUCAUUGUCGAUGCCAACGGCGGGCUGACCGUGGAGGGAGCUUUGAGAAUGUUGAGGCUUCUACCCGAGGGCCUUGACUUCGUUCUGGAAGCACCAUGUCAGACUUGGAGGGAGUGCACGUCGCUACGACGCAGGACGAACGUGCCGAUCAUAUUCGACGAACUCGCCCUGACGGAUGUGUCAAUGAUUCAGAUGAUUGCGGACGACGCGGGUGAAGGUAUCAACUUCAAGCCUCAGAAGUUUGGCGGUCUUACUCGGUCACGCCGUGUGAGGGACAUUUGCGUCGCGGCAGGGUAUAUCAUGAGCGUGCAAGAGACGUGUGCUUCUGAUAUUGGGUUCGCGGUUCUCGUUCACCUGAGCCAGUCUAUUCCGGAGAGGAACCUGCGCUGCGUACUUGCUAGUCGCGACAUGGUCACGUUGAAAACGGCGGAUGGCGCAUUUGAGAUUCGCGAUGGACAUAUUCAGGCACCCACUGAGCCAGGACUCGGCAUAACGCCUCGGAUGGACGCUUUGGGGCAGUCUGUUGCUAGUUACUUCUAA